UUUUCCGUUUAUGAUUAUACAGAACAGCUGUGUGUUCAUAAUUUUUCAUACUGUUUAAAAUAAUAUAUAUUUCAUUGAAAUAUAGGUUUUAAUUACUGAUUACUACUUUUUUAUCAAUAAAAAAAGUAUAACUGUUGUAAGUUUCUUUCAUUUACCAGAGGAAGGAAAUAACAAUUUGAAUGAAAUAUGAAGUCUGGUCAAGAAGUUGAAGAUCCUAAGGUAGAAGAGUUAGAUGGUAAAGCAAAGUUACGAAAAUGGCUCAACAUGAAUUUUAGAAUAGAAAUGACUGAUGGAAGAGUUCUUAUAGGUGUAUUUUUGUGUACAGAUAGAGAUGCUAAUGUGAUUUUAGGUGCCUGUUCAGAAUAUUCUAAAAACAGCGAUGGAGAGCCACAAGAACCUCGAGUAUUAGGACUAGUUAUGGUUCCAGGACGACAUAUUGUGUCUAUACAAAUUGAUGAUACAACACCGCCACAGAAAUAUUAUUAUGAUGAGUAAUUUUACUUAGUAAUUAGCUAGGAACUAUAAAUUUUUGUUUAGAAA